CUGCGCUGCAGCAGUAAAUUAAAACGAAAAAAAGAAUCAAAGAAUGGCAAUGGCAGCUGGUGCCUGGAAUAGUGGGAUUAUUAUCCCACGCUUCUCGUCCUCCUCUCUACCUCGUUGCCGUCCUCCGGCGAAGCCCUCGGUCCUGCUCGACCCUAAAACCCCAAACAUCUGUUUCGCCUCCUCGUGGAUCCAGAGGAGGAAGACAACGCCAAGGAGCGUCUGCUUCUCUUCACGCCCCGAUGGACGCCCCGAAGCCGAAGAAGGAAUCGAAGCCCUCGACGAUGCGCUCCUCUCUUCGGAUGAUUUCGGUUACUUAUGGAAAUUGGCAGCUGGGUCUGUUGGCAGUGGUGCAGCCAUUAAAUAUGGAAGUAUUAUUUUCCCUGAGAUAACAAGGCCCAACAUAUUACAAGCUCUGCUAAUGGUUUCACUACCAGUACUGGUGGCAGUUCUGAUCUUAAUCAAGGAGAGUAGAACAGAGAGCCAAAGGGAGGAUUUACUCUAGCACUAAUAUGGAAUCCAUCCUCUGAUAAAAUCCACAUGACUUCUGAUAUUUAUGCUUCCAACUUUUAACAGAUUUCCGUUCAUCGUUCAUAAUUUUAUAUAUGUGAACGUUUUUUGCUUUUAAAAAGUGACUGGGAUUAAAUAUUGAUGUGAUGGUGUCAGUGUAAUGCAUGAUAAAGGACUCCAUCUAUGUAAAAUUCUGGUUUUAUUUUCUUUUCUCAUCAUUUAAUUUUUGGUCAUGUUUU